AUGGGUAAAAAUACGCCCAAGAAUAACUCCCCAAUCAUAAUACCAAUCGCUCCCAUCGAGGACGAACCAUUAUCCAGUAUGGUUGAGAAUGCCAAAGUAGUUGCAACUGAUACCUCGCCUCCGCUACCAGCAUUAAUGACCCAAAACGAUAACCGGGAUAUCAUAUUGCAAUCAACAGGAAACGGAAAUGGAGAUUCCGAGGAGAGGAAUUUGACAUUGCAUCAUCCGGGACACUUCCGCGAAGAUCCAGUUGGAUUUAUGAUGGCGAUGGGCGCAUUUUAUCAAGGAACCGGAUGGAGAAGUUACAAAAAUUAUAUUGGUGCGCGGAUUCUAUACGAAGGCUACACGGAAGAAACUAAAGAACGAGUGUUAAAUAGCGAAAGAGUUCGUUACAUGAUUGCUUAUCUUGCUGAAAAACAGGCCAAUAUACUAGCUGCUACGUCACCAAAUGUCGAUUUAAAGAUUAUUGGAAAAAAGAAGAAACAUUUUGAGAAGGAGUUGGAGGCUGUCGCUAAUCAGAUGGUCGAGAAGCUCGUCGCCGAUUUGAGUAGUUUGAGAUUCGUAAGGUUGUUUGGAUUUUUCGUAAACAACAUUCUAGUGAGAAUGUACCAUCAAGGCGUUCACAUAUCGGAACGAGAGUUUUUGGAGGCAACUCUCCCUCACAUUGUCGCAGGCGAUAACCUUAACUUACCCAUUGUUGGUCGCAUUCUCAAAGGUGGUGGAGCAUUCUUCAUUCGCCGAUCUUGGGGUGAAGACUUGCUUUAUGGUUCUGUUGUUAGAGAAUAUGUCGAAGGACUUUUAGAACGGGGACAUAAUCUUGAGUGUUUUAUCGAGGGGACGCGAAGUCGAACGGGAAAACUAUUGCCACCAAAAUUAGGGGUCUUGAAAAUAAUGUUAGAUUGUGUAUUAUCCGGAAGGGCAAAGGACUGCUGGCUUGUACCUAUGUCGAUCCAGUAUGAUAAAGUUAUUGAGACAGAGACAUAUGUUAAUGAACUGCUGGGGAAUCCGAAAGAAAAAGAAAGUCUAUGGGGGAUAAUGACGAACACAAGGCUGUUGCAGCUCAAGUGGGGAAGGAUCGUUGCUUUGGAGCCAGGAUAUUGCGGUCACGUUGUGCUUGUGCUUGAUCUUCAUUCAACUAAACGCGGGUUGGAAUCUCACAUACAGCAUGGAUAUGCAUUAAUUGCUGAUCGCAUCCACAAACUUUCAAAUAUAGUGCGAUUUUCAAAGCCUUAUUCGUUAUCACAAUUUAUUCAGGCUCAAGUAGGGCGGAGAAGGACGUUUGAUCCGACUAAUGAACAAAACAAAGUUACAUUAUUGCGAGCAUUAGGAUACAGAAUCUUGUCAGAUAUUGGUGUUGGUCGAGCUGAAUUAAUUCGACGCGUGGAUUGGCUGAAGGCCGCCAUAGUAGUGAAAGGAGGGCGUGUCGCUGAUUUUGGUGAUAUGACAACGGGAGAGAUAGUUGACCGCGCAAUGAAUGUAUUAAAGGAUUUGAUAAAGGAGAGAAAAGACUUGCUGGAGACUGUUUUUUGUGCAGAGAAUCGUUUCGAGUUAAGUUUCUAUCGUAACCAGGUUAUCCACUUGUUUGUCUCCGAAGCUAUCGUUUCUGCGGCCAUGUACACAAAAAUCAAAAUCGGUGGAUCAAAAUCGACACAAAGAUUCGACUUUCAUAAGUUGCUAGAAACCGUGACAUUUUUGUCCCAGUUACUCAAAGUAGAAUUUGUCUAUCGACCGGGAGAGAUCGAAAACAACUUGUAUGAUACUCUGGAAGGGCUUGUGAAAGAUAAUGUUUUCGUGUUCGAAGAUGGUACCGUAGAAUUAUCGGAUGCAGAGAGGGCUAUUGGUAGAGAAAACUAUGACUUUUACUGUUUCCUAAUAUGGCCAUUCAUCGAGACCUACUGGCUAGCUGCUGUGAGUCUCUUCUCAAUGGCACCGCCCAUGUCUGCCUCACUCCAACAAAAGACUACGAUAUCCAAGAAGAAUCCAGCUCCUAUCACCUGGUUCGAUGAACGUGACUUUCAUAACAAGUGUCAGCUAUUUGGCAAAACCCUUUAUUACCAAGGCGAUCUUUCGUACUUUGAGGCAGUAAACAAAGAAACGCUCAAAAACGCGUUUAUCCGAUUAGAGGAGUUGAACAUCAUACUGGUGAAACGUAGUCGGAAUACCAAAAUACUGCCGACCAUUGCAUUGAGUCCGGAGUACGUUCCGACACGGAAUGCUCAGGGAGCAAUAGAACCAAAGGGAAAAUUAUGGGAUUUAGUCGAGCAAAUUGGCAAGUUCAGACGGGAGGGCAAGAAUAGGAGAGAUAAUGCAACUGUGAGUUUUCGAGUCUUACGAUUGGCGGAAAUUGUUGGACAGCCGUCUACUGCAGAUGUGGGAGUUAUGAAUAAUUUAAUGGGUCGAUCAGUCAAGACUGCACAGCCAGAGGCUAAAUUGUGA